AUGUUCUUGGGUGUUUUGCUUUAUGGUCCUCCUGGUGGAACUGGGAAGAUGAUGCUCGCCAUGGGUAUUGCCAGAGAAUCAGAAGUUGUUUUCAUCAGUGUCAAGGUUUCAAAUCUGAUGAGCAAGUGGUUUGGUGAUGCCCAGAAGCUUGAGAACACAAGGGUGGUGGUUUUUGCUGCAACUAACAGACCUGCAGAGCUCGACGAAGCGAUAUUCAGGCGUUUUCCUCAGGCAGGGAUGCCUGAUUUCAAGGAGAGAGCUCAGAUAUUGAUAGCGGUUUUGAAAGGAGAGAGGGUGCCUCGGCCAUUGACACAAGUGGAUUUGGAGAAGGCUCUUGCUAUUUCCAGGUUGCUGCAGGCGAAUACUCUG